CCUCUGUCAGGGCCUCACCACCCUCACAGGGAAGAAUUUCUUCCCAGUAUCCCAUCUAAACCUACUCUCUUUAAUUUUGAAGGCAUUCUCCCCUGUCCUGUCUGCACCUCAGGCAAUAAGUGAUUCUUUAACCCACGUUCCCCUGCCAGCUCCGUGUGGCUGCCCUCCAUCCUUGUAGGAAAGGUUUCCCUCCUGGUCUGUAGCACUUCCAUGGGCUCAGAUAUCACCUGGAGCUGCCACUUGAGGGGACCUCAGACCCUCUCCUCUCCUCAACACGCCUUUUAUUCCCCCCCCCAGCAGCGAGUUUUGCUGCCCUCUGUUAUUGCCAAAACCCUGCCACGAGCCAGAAUCCCCCUUAAACAACUUCCUCAGCAGUCUGAAGCCACCCACGUGCCUGCCCUGGGCGAGAUCCCUGCCGUGGGCGCAACUGCGGCACCGAGGGGCACAAAGCCCUCCCGGGGGGGGCAGCGGAGCCGCCGACCCUGGGGCUGCAGUGGGGCCGUGGGGGCAGGACGGGCAGCGUGAGGGGCGGUCCGGAGGCCGCCAUGACACCCGCUCCGCCCGCCGCCAAUCGGCGCCAUUUCCCGGCGGCCCCCGCGCGGGCCGGGCCGCCCUCAGGCCGCGCUGCCGCCGCCGGUCGCGGCCUCUGCGGACGGAGCUCGGGGGUUGCCGCCCUGCCGUCGUUCCGGACCGCGCCCGUCCUGCCUUCGCCGGUAUAGAAACGCUGUUUUGUUACGUUCUGGAAACCCGCAGGGGGUUUCUCGGCGCUGCUCUGUGCAUGCCUUUUUGCAGCAUUUUGGAGCUAUUUCGAGCGUCACUACAGCAUUAAAAAAUCUGUUCAAAUAACGCAUGAGGCCUCUAAAUUGCUUGUUUUCUAGUGGCUGUUUCCCCAGAGCUGUAUUUGGGAGUACAAGGAGAAAGCAACUCAGCUAGGGGUUGUAUGUCUUUGCAGCACUUGAUGUGAAAGAGUUUGAUUGGAGCAUGGAGCCUGUCUCCCCACUGGAAGCAGGGAUUCCCGCAGGAAAAAACUCACCCGUGCCACAGAAGAAAUUCCGUGUCUUGGUGGGGGUGACUGGAAGUGUGGCUGCUCUGAAGCUGCCCCUGCUCGUCGUGGAAUUGCUGAAAAUCCCUGGGCUCGAGGUGAAGGUGGUCACUACUGAGAGAGCAAAGCACUUCUACAACGCUCAGGAGAUUCCUGUCACCCUCUAUGGCGAUGAAGAUGAAUGGCAGCUGUGGAAGGGUCGGUCGGACCCCGUCCUGCACAUCGAGCUCCGGCGCUGGGCUGACCUGAUGGUGGUGGCACCUCUGGAUGCCAACACGCUGGCAAAGGUUGCCAGUGGCAUCUGUGACAACCUACUGACUUGUGUCAUCCGCGCGUGGGAUCUGAGCAAACCUCUGCUCUUCUGCCCAGCCAUGAACACGGCCAUGUGGGAGCAUCCCAUCACAGCUCAGCAGGUGGAGCAACUGAAAGGCUUUGGCUACACGGAAAUCCCCUGUGUAGUAAAGAAACUCGUGUGUGGAGAUGAAGGCCGAGGUGCCAUGGCAGAAGUGUGGACCAUCCUGGAGAGAGUUAAAAGGAUCCUUGAAGAACUGGAUGUGCCAAGGCAGAGCUGAUGUUUUGGCAUGUAGAUGGUGUUUUUGUGCCUUUCUGAUGGUUUAGAGAUAAACCCAGCAGGAAGCCAAGCUGCCUGUGGGUGCCCCUGGUAUGCAUACCUAUAGCUGCUCUUCAACAGAAGGAGCCAACCGUUGUCUUGCAGCUGGUGCCAAACAGUUGGUACAUCACUGCAGACUUUUGAAAACCAAAGCCAAGAAUGUGCUGCCUUAGGGUGAAAAACCCUGUACUAUCUUGCAGACAGGGACUAACAUUCCUGAGGCUGCUCAGCACCCAGUAUUUCACAGCGUGCUCUCUUCCCAGGAGGCUGCAGAAGGUUUUUCAGCUCCAGUCGUUUCCCCAAGGACUUCUAGAGAGGAGGAUGCUGUGCAAACUCUGGUGAUGGGGAUAACACCAGCUCCUUCCAGCAUGUGUGUUUGGACCAUCCCUGCUCUCCGAAGCUCGGUGUGUAGCUGUGCUGGCUGCAUGUUCCCAGCAGGAGUCACUGUCCAAAAAGCAUUUUCCCUCUGGGAACUUAAUAAAAAAGAGUUUUUAAUCCUGCCUCUGA